CAUAACAAUUGUGGUCUUCUUCUUCUUCUUCUCAUUUUUCGCGUUCCCAGAUUCAGUGAAAGUGGGUGGGUAGAGUGGAAAAAAGCCAUGGCGGGUCGUAAUAUGGAGAAGAUGGCAUCCAUUGAUGCGCAAUUGCGGUCUUUGGUGCCCGGUAAGGUGUCUGAGGACGACAAGCUUAUCGAGUAUGAUGCUUUGCUUCUCGAUCGGUUUCUUGAUAUUCUUCAGGAUUUGCAUGGAGAGAAGCUCAGAGAAACGGUCCAAGAAUGUUAUGAGCUCUCUGCUGAGUAUGAAGGCAAGCAUGAUCCCAAGAAGCUGGAGGAGCUUGGAAGUGUAUUGACAAGUUUGGAUCCGGGUGAUUCAAUUGUGAUUGCGAAAGCUUUCUCUCACAUGCUUAACUUGGCAAACUUGGCUGAGGAGGUUCAGAUUGCUCAUCGUCGAAGGCAGAAACUAAAGAAGGGGGAUUUUGCUGAUGAGAACAGUGCCACAACUGAAUCUGACAUCGAAGAAACGAUCAAGAGACUCGUGGUGGACAUGAAGAAGUCCCCUCAAGAAGUAUUUGAUGCACUUAAAAAUCAGACCGUGGAUCUCGUUUUAACUGCACAUCCUACUCAAUCUGUCCGGAGAUCAUUGCUUCAAAAGCAUGCAAGGAUCCGAAAUUCCUUGGCUCAGUUAUAUGCCAAAGACAUUACCCCUGAUGACAAACAGGAGCUAGAUGAAGCUUUGCAAAGGGAGAUUCAAGCUGCUUUUCGCACUGAUGAGAUCCGGAGAACUCCACCAACUCCCCAGGAUGAAAUGAGAGCUGGAAUGAGUUACUUCCACGAAACCAUUUGGAAGGGUGUUCCAAAAUUUCUGCGGCGUGUUGACACAGCACUUAAAAACAUAGGGAUUAAAGAGCGUGUUCCCUAUAACGCCCCUCUCAUUCAAUUUUCCUCUUGGAUGGGUGGUGAUCGUGAUGGUAAUCCAAGGGUGACUCCUGAGGUCACAAGGGACGUUUGCUUACUGGCCAGAAUGAUGGCCGCAAACUUGUACUAUUCCCAAAUAGAGGAUCUUAUGUUUGAGUUGUCUAUGUGGCGCUGCAAUGAUGAACUUCGUGAUCAAGCAGAUGAACUUCAUCAGUCAACAAAGCGGGAUGCAAAACACUAUAUAGAAUUUUGGAAACAAGUUCCACCAAGUGAACCAUAUCGUGUUGUUCUUGGUGAUGUGAGGGAUAAGUUAUACCAUACCCGUGAGCGUACUCACCAAUUAUUAUCCCAUGGAUACUCCGAUAUCCCAGAAGAAGCAACUUUCACGAGUGUUGAGCAGUUCUUGCUACCCCUUGAGCUCUGCUACAGAUCUCUAUGUGCGUGUGGGGAUGGUGCCAUUGCAGAUGGAAGUUUACUGGAUUUUCUGAGGCAGGUUUCUACAUUUGGUCUCUCACUGGUUAGACUUGAUAUUAGGCAAGAGUCGGAUCGGCACUCUGAUGUUCUGGAUGCUAUAACUAAGCACUUGGAAAUUGGUUCAUACAAAGAAUGGUCCGAAGAGCGCAGACAGGAGUGGCUUCUCUCUGAACUUGGUGGCAAGCGACCUUUAUUUGGACCGGAUCUUCCAGCAACAGAAGAAAUUGCUGAUGUUUUGCAUACGCUGCACGUUAUAGCUGAACUGCCACCCGACUGCUUUGGAGCGUACAUCAUCUCGAUGGCGACAGCGCCAUCUGAUGUGCUUGCGGUUGAACUUCUGCAACGCGAAUGCCACGUGAUCCAUCCUCUAAGGGUGGUUCCACUUUUCGAGAAAUUAGCAGAUCUGGAGGCUGCUCCUGCUGCACUGUCACGGCUUUUCUCGAUUGAUUGGUACAGAAACCGAAUUAAUGGUAAGCAAGAAGUGAUGAUUGGGUACUCGGACUCUGGCAAGGAUGCUGGUCGGCUUUCAGCUGCCUGGCAGCUAUACAAGGCUCAGGAGGAGCUAGUAAAAGUUUCGAAAAAAUAUGGCGUGAAGCUCACUAUGUUCCACGGUAGAGGUGGUACAGUUGGGAGAGGAGGUGGCCCGACACAUCUCGCUAUAUUGUCACAGCCACCCGACACGAUUCUUGGGAAUCUCCGUGUCACAGUUCAGGGCGAAGUCAUUGAGCAAUCGUUCGGGGAGGAGCACUUGUGCUUUAGGACACUCCAGCGUUUCACUGCUGCUACUCUCGAGCAUGGUAUGCAUCCACCAAUUUCUCCAAAACCAGAAUGGCGUGCACUCAUGGAUGAAAUAGCGGUGAUUGCUACAGAAGAGUAUCGCUCAAUAGUUUUCAAAGAACCUCGCUUCGUUGAGUACUUCCGCCUGGCCACACCCGAGCUAGAGUAUGGGAGAAUGAACAUUGGGAGUCGUCCAUCAAAGCGCAAACCAAGUGGAGGAAUUGAAACCCUGAGAGCCAUUCCGUGGAUCUUUGCCUGGACACAGACCAGGUUCCAUCUCCCGGUUUGGCUUGGUUUUGGCGCAGCGUUUACAAAGGCGGUUGAAAAGGAUGCAAAGAACCUCGUAAUGUUCCAAGAGAUGUACAACCAAUGGCCUUUCUUUAGAGUCACAGCUGAUCUCGUGGAGAUGGUUUUCGCCAAGGGAGACCCUGGCAUUGCUGCACUGUACGACAAGCUUCUCGUUUUGGAAGAGUUAUGGCCAUUUGGCGAGCGUUUGAGGGCUAACUUCGAGCAGACAAAGAGCCUUUUGCUCCAGAUCGCUGGCCACAAGGAUCUGCUGGAGGGAGACCCUCACUUGAAGCAACGACUCAGGCUGCGCGAUUCCUACAUCACAACGUUAAACGUGUGCCAAGCAUACACUCUGAAGCUUAUACGCGACCCCAACUACCAUGUCACCCCGAGGCCUCACAUCUGCAAAGAGUUAGUGGAGUCAAAAUCAGCUACCGACCUCGUGAAUCUGAACCCAACAAGCGAGUACGCGCCAGGCUUGGAGGACACCCUUAUUUUGACCAUGAAGGGCAUUGCUGCUGGAAUGCAGAAUACAGGUUAA